UAAGUCGCGCGUUGUUAGUACCGGUCCGUUUUUUUUUUAUGAAAAUUGUGUUGUUUUUGAUAAAAUAUCUAGUAUAAACUGAUUUGCAUGUAAUGUGUGUGUAGCCUUUCGUGUAAAUUGAAUCCUACAUGACUAUUGCACCUAGAACUUCAGAAAUAUUUGGAGAAGUUUGUGGUAACCUCUAGAAUGGCGGACGAAGAUUUCAGCAAGCUUUUACAGCAAGCGGAGCAGCUUACAACGGAGAUUGAGGGCAAUGAAGAGUUGCCAAGAGUUGAACGCUCUCUCGGACAAGUGCUGGAAGCUUCCCAGGAAUUGUAUUCACGGGUUAUUCAAUCUGGCGCGAAUGAUAUUCAAGCGCACCUUCUAUUUGGCUCAAAAGGCAUAGAUCUGCAACAAAUAUCGCAAAAGCUCGAAACUCUUAGUUCUAAGCGCUCAUUUGAGCCACUCCAGCCUAUUGCUGAUUCUGACAUAGAGAGCUUCCUGAGGAAUGAGAGGGAAAAUGCCAUUUUGUCACUGAUUGAUGAGGUGAAUAAAAAUUCACUGCAAACAACAGAAGAUCAAAAAUGGGAGCACAUGCUCUCAGAGUGGAAUCGAGAGAAGAUCAAGCUUAUGAAUGCAAUGAUUGGUCCAUCUCAAAAUUGGCUGGAUUUAAAACGCACACCAGAACCCCCAAGCCUUGCAGAUGCACCAAAGAAGUUUGGACAUUCCAUGUUGGACGACAUAGAAGCAGCAUAUGCUAGACAAGUCCGUCAAUACAAUAAGCUUGUUUUCCAAGGAUCAAAAUCAAGGACUGCUCUGCACCAGAAGUUUGCACAAGUUGCUGAGGAGUUCAAUGAUCCUAAAGUGAAAGAGAUGUGGGAGAUCAUCAAGACAAUGACCAACAUUCCUGCCCUAGUCAGGGAUGAAGACCCUCUGAAAGCCAGAGGCAACCCUACCAUACAACAAUGCCUCAUUGCUCAGGGCAAGAAGUAUUUGGAGAAGAGGUACAAACAAUACAUGACAGACGUUGUACGCGCCAACCCCGCGGCGGCACUUCGCGGCGGCGAACCGGGCACGUAUCCCCUCGUGAGGGGCUUCGUGGGCCUCCGCUUGCAGGGCCAGAGUGUCCAAGGACUAACCGAUGGAGUUAUAGAUGACCGUCCACUUUGGCCCAUGGUGUACUAUUGUCUAAGGAGCGGCGAUGCUAACGCGGCUUUGCAUUGCUUGAGGAAAGCUGGCCGAGAUCACGAAGAAUUCAUCGGCGCCCUAGAAGAGCACAUCAGCAACCCAGAGAAGCCACUGAGUGACAAGUUGCAGACAGCCAUCAACUUCCAAUACAGGAUACAAGUUCGCAACUCCACUGACCCUUACAAACGAGCUGUGUACUGCGUAAUCGGUUGCUGUGACACAAAUGAUGAACACUCUGAAGUGGCGAAGACAGCAGAUGACUAUCUCUGGUUGAAGCUAUCCAUCAUCAAGACUCGCCCCAACAGUGAUUCCGACUCCUUCACGUACUCUGACCUCCAGAAGAUGAUCCUUGAAGAGUAUGGUGAAACACACUACCACGCUUACGAGAAACCGCUAGUGUACUUCCAAGUGUUGACACUAACCGGACAGUUUGAGCCUGCCAUCGAAUUCCUAUCAAGAAUCCAAAGAUAUCAGGUCCAUGGUGUCCACAUGGCGUUGGCGCUUCAUGACGUUUACAUGUUGGGAACGCCGCGUAACGUGCAAGCGCCUUUAUUGUCGGUAGAUACUGACGACCCGGUGCCGCUGCGUCGCCUCAACCUGGCGCGACUGCUACUUCUCUACGUCAGGAAGUUCGAGCUCACCGACCCUUCUGACGCUCUACAUUAUUACUACUUUUUGAGGAACCUCAAGGACCCCAGCGGCAAGAACCUGUUCAUGUGUUGCUGCACGGACCUGGCGCUGGAGAGCCGCGACUACGACCUGCUGUUCGGCAGGCAGGACGCCGUCACCGGCCCGCGGACGCCCGCCCUGCUCGACCAGUUCAACAACCCGCACAUUGAUAGCAAGGUUAUUGCAAUGAACGUGGCCGAACAGCUUGUGAACAAAGGUCUAUUUGAAGAUGCCAUCACAGUGUAUGACAUAGCUGGAAACCUCGAGAAAGUUCUAGAACUGUUCUGCGUGCUGCUCGCUCAAGUAGUGAACAGCGGCGGCGGCGCGGGCGGUCUCAGGCAGAGGCUGUCUAUACUAGCCGAACAUGUGUCUAGAAGACUGCGAUCAGCUGACGCCACCACGCUCCCAGCUGCGUUGGUCGAGGCCUACACUAAACUAUGCAAGCUCAUGACUUUCUUUGAUCAGUUCCAUAACGAGAACUACGACGCUGCGCUUGAGACGCUCCGCGCCUGCGAGCUGGUGCCGCUGAGCGGCGCCGAGCUGGAGGCGCGCGUGUGCGGCGCGCGCGCGGCGCGGGGCGAGCUGCUGCGCGCGCUGCCCGCCGUGCUGCGGGCGCUGUGCGCCAUCCUGCUGGCGCAGCGCCAGCGGCUGCGGCACCACGCGCAGCCGCUCGGACACCUCACUAAUACCAAGCAAGUGGAAUGGCUACGCGAGCAAGCAGAAGUCCUUAACACGUUCGCGGGCAACAUUGCGUACCGAAUGCCCGGCGACACUUACAGUCAGCUUGCGCAGAUGCAGAUUCUUAUGCAUUAACACAACUGUUUUAAUUAAUUAGGAAAUAAAGGCUACUUUUAUUGA